AUGAACACCAUUUCAAAGGUAUUCCUUGUGCUGCUUGUAACUCUGUGGUCAAACCAAAUUCUUGCUGAAAAUUUGAUCUCCUCAGCUUGUGACCACACUCUGUACAAGGAUCUGUGCACACAAACUCUUCAAUCGGACCCUGAGAGCAGCGCGGCUACUAGUUUCGAAGUCCUAGCCAAAGUUGCACUAAAGCAUGCAACAUCUACAGCUACCCAAAUCACAGAACUGCUCAAAGGAUCAUCGGGCAACAAGGGUGCCCUGAAAGAUUGCAAUGAGAACUACCAAAAUGCAAUUGAAGGACUUACGAAAUCGGCCCGUGCCUUGGCAUCUAAGAAGUACAAUGAUGUUAACGCAUGGGUGUCGGCUGCCAUGAGUGCUGGUGACUCAUGUGACGAUGGCUUCAAGGAUGUUGGAGGCGGCAAGUCUCCAGUAGGCACUCGGGGUACCACAUUUACCGGCCUUUGCAGCAUUGUCUUGGCCAUUACCAAUCAACUCAAAUGA